UUUACUGCCAUGGUUCACUCUUCCUCUUCACUCAUUUCUGCUUGACUCUCCCUCUGUCUGUCAUUUCAGAGGAAAGAUGCAGUCGCUGGACGUCUGUCUGAUUCUCCUGCUCAACGCCGGACGAGUCGCUGCGCAGCAGGAUGGAGGAGUGUGUUACAUUCUGGAUGGGAUUCUGAUUGUUUACGGCAUUGUUCUGACCGUCCUCUACUGCAGAUUAAAGAUGCGUUCGUCUGGAGAUAAAGCUUUCUCAGAGAAACGAGAAGGAGACAUUUAUCAGGAUCUGGGCCGGCGAGAUGUGGACACCUACGACACUCUCCAUCCCGGGAAGAAAAAGCCUCUGGCCUGAGAAGCUCAUUCAGUGCUGGUGUCCUACAAACUAUAUUUGUGCUGUGUUUAGAGUAAGCGAGCUAGCAGAGCUUUGGUUGAUCAUGAGAUUCUGCUUUAUUGUCGUUGUUUGCAUGUGUCUUUGAGACAAACGUCACAAUUAAUGUAUAAAAUGCAUGUGUAAGGCUCUUCAUUUCAACAUAAUAAAAUUAUAUUUUUAAC